GCAGUGCAUUCUGACUUCAGCCACCAUCAUGCCGCCCAUUAUCGAAGAAUUCGACGACGACACCGACCUCCCCCUCCCUUCCAACGUACUCCCCAACACCGGGACGCGCGGUCCGCUUCUGGAAGAGAUAACCGAUUUCAAUCAGUCGCAAAGUGCUGGCUCGGCCUCGCAGGGCUUCGCGCCUCCCCCACGCGCGGCGUUCCCCUCGGAAAGCUCGUUACCCUCUAAUGUCGUGACUGACAUUACUCCGUACAAAUCAUGGACGUGCAUCUAUCCCAUAUACAUCGAUGCGAAGCGGCCGUACGGGACGGGGCAGCGGAGGAUAGCGCGGCAGAAGGGCGUGUGGUGGCCUCUGAGCAAGGACAUAGCGGAGGCGACGAAUCGACUGGGUCUUCGUACCCUCAUGGAGCCGCAGAAGUCGCAUCCCCGCGAUUGGGAGAACCCUGGGCGCGUACGCGUGCAGUGGAAGCAGGAUGGACGUCCUUUGAACCCGGCUGUGCAGACCAAAAAGCAGCUCCUCGAGAUGAUCUCCUUCCAGAUCCAGCGCUCCAAGCCGGAUAACAUCCCCAAGCCCCCAUAUAACACGACCAAGCCCGCUUCAGAACCCUCGCAGCCCGCCCAACAGCCGUCUGCGGCGUCGAAGGGCAAGCAACCGGCGACGGGAUCGAAGUUCAAGUCGACGGAUGUACCCCCAGAACCUGCGAAGCGGUCAGGAGGGCGCGCGCUGCCUGUUCCCCCAGAACCAUUGCCCCCUCUCGCCGAGCGCGUGUCGCCGUUCUCGCCUGCGCUCGCGUCAGGCGUGCUGAUAGACACGGUCAAGGCUGGCAUGAAUGCGCAGGAGAAGGAGCCGGCGCAGGCGGGAGCGGCUAACGCGAACGCAGCUGCAGGCAAGGGGAAGCGAAAGGUGAUAAGGGUACGGCAGUAAGAUUGGGAUCUACAAUAUAAUGUACUACUUGGUUAUUCCCUGGACGUAGAGGCGAAGGAAGCAGUGUUUUUCGUUGCCACUCGCCAGUGUGAUGGUUGUUUGUGCUCGUGGGGUGUUUGUUAGUCGCGAUCAAGCGUACUUCCC